AUGUCUUCAACAUUCAUCUCUCGCAUUUCACAUCUUCAAGUUAACCCAUGUCUCUCUUUCAACCCUAAGCAAUCUCCUUGCCUUCACCAGCCUCUCAUAAGCCACAAACAACUUCCCUCAAAUUUGAAUUUUGAGGCAAAAAGGGCAAAUGGGGUUGUGCUGAAAGCGACUUCAGGUGUGGUGGAAGUCAAUUCGAAGAAAGCUGUUUCUGUCGGAAAAUCCAAUGAUCCAAUUGUUGUUAUUGAUAAUUAUGACAGCUUUACUUAUAAUCUUUGUCAGUUUUUUUGUGUGGAAAAUGUUUGGGUAUUGAUUAUCGGUGUUUUAAUGGUGAAAUUGUUGGGAUUUGAAUGGGUUUGCGUUAAACUUGCAAUGCUGCUGCAUCUGUGUCGUGACAUGGCUGCGAUGAUGAAUUGUGGAAUUUGCAGGAAAUAUUUGGGCGAGGUAGGAUUUCACUAUGAGGUCUAUCGAAAUGAUGAGUUAACAGUGGAGGAGUUGAAGAGAAAAAAUCCAAGAGGAAUUCUGAUUUCACCCGGGCCAGGAACACCUCAAGAUUCAGGCAUAGCUUUGCAAACAGUUUUGGAACUUGGACCGACUGUACCCGUGUUUGGUGUAUGCAUGGGAUUGCAGUGCAUGGGAGAGGCUUUUGGCGGGAAAAUUGUCCGUGCUCCUAAUGGUGUGAUGCAUGGAAAAAGUUCGCUGGUUUAUUAUGACGAGAAAGGAGAAGAUGGAUUACUUGCUGGACUACCAAAUCCUUUCUUGGCUGCAAGAUAUCACAGCCUUGUGAUUGAAAAGGAGAGCUUUCCUCAUGAAGAACUUGAGGUAACAGCAUGGACUGAAGAUGGUCUCAUAAUGGCUGUUCGGCACAAGAAAUAUCGGUAUAUGCAGGGUGUUCAGUUUCAUCCAGAGAGCAUUAUAACUCCUGAAGGCAAGACGAUCGUCCGCAACUUUGUGAAGCUGAUAGAGAAAAAAGAGGCUAGUACUACUUGA